CAUAAAUAAACGAUUGGUUGCUGUGUCCUUGGAUGCGUCAUUUCUAAAGUUUUAGCCGUAUUUUCACAACGAUUUAGGAUAUUAUAUAAACAUGGCUUAUGUGUAUGCAACGCCAAACAUGAUGUAAAGUAAUAUCAGGACUGAUUUCGCGGUUUCGAUGCGAUAAACGAAUAGCGAAUUUCUCGUCUGCUCUUCUCAAAUAGGCAAUAAAAUUGAGUUGCCAAAAUUGAGCCAUCACUUCACUUCCAUUCCAACUUGGAGCAGAGGAGAAACUUGUUUGGGAGAAACAGUAACAAAAACAAUGGUAUGGGUGCAAACCAUAGUCUUCCUAGACAAGCUGGAAAGAAAGUAGCUUGGAGAAAGUUCAACAAGAUGAGACAAACAAAUCAAUAUUGUCAGAACAAAAACAUCAAUGGAAAUGGAAAUUGCUACUGUUUUGAGCAAAAUGUACAGAUUCUCAAAAUUAAUGCAAUUAUUGAAAAGAAAUUGACAGAGGUUGAAGAAUGCUCUGCUGUUCUAAAAUAUAAAACUCCACAUUUAAGGGCAUCAGCUACUUUAGAGGUUCCUCCUGUACCCUCAGGGGAAACAUGGCAGAUAGGCUGGAUCCAAGCUUGUACACACAUGGAAUUUGUCAACACAUAUGGCAGUGAAGGCUGCUCAAGUUGGGAGUUCCCAGAACUUACCUCUGGUGCCUAUAAAAUGAUCAGUGAUUCUGAUGGAAAAACAUUCCCAUGGUAUGGCUCAAGGAAUGAGUUGACCACGCUAGAAGGCCCAAUCCAAGAUUACAAGGUGAUCACAGUGUCAAUGAAUGACAAUUUUCAUCCUCAUGUUACAUGGACUGUACCAUACAAAACAGAUAUGAAUGGACCUCCUGGUCUUACACACAUUCAUCGUCAGCAGUCAUUCUAUACCUGGCUUGUUGCUAAGCGAGUCAACACGGGGCAAUAUUUUAUUCUGAAAACCAUAGAAUGGUCACUUGGAUUAGAAAUAGCUGUGUCGCCCGAGAGGCCAUUAGGGAGUCGUGCAACAGUGCUCACAGGAGCAGAUCCGGGACAACCAGUUAUACUAGACAAUAAUAUCUUAAUACCUUUAUAUGCGCUCACUGCUCCAAAUGCGAACAAUGCACAAAUGCUCAUCUGGAAACCAACUGUUGGGGAAUGGAAAAUCAUUGUUCCGCCAGUCAAGACUCGCUCAAGUGUAGCUAACCAGACUCGUGAUACCGCAUGCAGUGCAUAGUGCAUAUUAUACUAAUAGUAGUACAUAUUACAUAAAUUAUGACAGGAUAACAGGGGUAGACAUAUGAAUUAUGAAAAGGAGAUAUAGGAUGUCCUGAAUUUUGAAGGAUAUCAUUUUUAUCCAUGAGUGGAUAUUAAUCA